CAAAAAAAAAUUAGUUGUGUGCAAUUAACAAUUCAGUUCUAAAGUCAUUCGCAUUUACACAUUAUUCGAGUCCAAUUUCUUAUCAUGGCUCGAAGUCACAUCAUUUCUGCGAUGUUCCUGACACUCAUUUCUGCAAAUAUAAUACAUGGAGGAAUUGUAUCAAGACUGUUUCACGAAAACGGUAUUUCAGAAUUUGCAGGUAUACCCAUUCGUGAGUUACCUCAAAAUUUUGUGACAUCAGCAACUGGUACUUUGAAUGGCUUCAAAACGUAUAUUGAAAACUUACUUACUAAUUUUAAUCAACGUAUGAAUAUUCCUGAAUAUUCUAUAUUACAUCGUAUCACGCAUGGAAAUAUAUGGCCGAAUGUUGCGAAUCCAGCACCGAUUGUUCCUAGCCGUAUAAUACCGCCACGUCCUAUAGGCAAUUAUAAAGGCAUUGGUGAUAGUAUUGGUGCUGCUUCCGCUGCAGCUGCAAAUUCCGCUGCAUCUAGAAGAUUAGCAAAGUACUCGUCUAUGUAAUAAGCUCGCAACUCACUGUAAAAUAUCGACGCUGUACAGUUAUUAUAUUAUCUAACAAUUAAUGCAUAAUAUAUAAUACAAGAUUUACACAAAGUCCUUAAUAUACUUACUGUCAGUAAGUUUGAUUAAGUACAUCGAAAUAAUAGAAUGAAAUAA